UGUCCGUUUGUCUUUAUUACUACAGGCCGACUCAGAUUAAGUCUGAGGCCGGUAACAUCAACAGUGAGGACAAACCCAUCCUGCCACUCUCCUUCCACACUGAGUAGAAACCUACAGUCACUGGGUCCUGAUUGUGACAGUGGAGCACAGUUUGCACUGCAGGAUCCAGAAAUGGCAUCAGUGAAGCUGGAGGACUGCAGUCAAACACUGGAGCUGAAUGUCAACAUUAAAGAUGAAGAAGAGGAAGAGAAGAUUGGGAAAUCUGUUUCUCAUGGAGACCAUUUUGAGACAUGCUCUACAUCCAGAGAUCAACAGCAGGAAGAUCACAGAGCUAAGAGGUCUCACCACUGCCCACAUUGUGUGGAGAUUUUCCCAUUUCUAUCAAAGCUAAAAAUACACCUAAAAAUACACACAGGAGAGAAGCCUUACUUCUGUUCUGACUGUGGGGUGAGUUUCUCUCGACUGGAUACCUUAAAAACACACCAACGUAUACAUACGGGAGAGAAGCCUUACUACUGCUCUGACUGUGGGGAGAGUUUCUCUCAAAUGAGCAGCUUAAAAGCACACCAACAAAUACAUACAGGAGAGAAGCCCUACUCCUGCUCUGAUUGUGGGAAGAGUUUCUCCCGAUCGGAUCACUUAAAAUCACAUGAACGUAUACAUACAGGAGAGAAGCCUUACUACUGCUCUGACUGUGGAAAACGUUAUUCCCGAUUGGCUCACUUAAAAUCACAUGAACGUAUACACACAGGAGAGAAGCAUUACUACUGCUCUGAUUGUGGAAAAUGUUUUAAAACGUCAAAUGAGCUAAAACGUCAUCAGAGAACACACACAGGAGAGAAGCCUUACUUCUGCUCUGACUGUGGGAAGAGUUUCUCCCGUUUGGAUACCUUAAAAACACAUGAACGUAUACAUACAGGAGAAAACCCUUACUCCUGCUCUGACUGUGGGAAGAGUUUCUCCCGUUUGGAUACCUUAAAAACACAUGAACAUAUACAUACAGGAGAAAACCCUUACUCCUGCUCUGACUGUGUAAAAUGCUUCAAAACAUCAACUUAGCUAAAAGUUCAUCAGAGAACACACACACAGGUGAGAUGCCUUACUCCUGCUCUGACUCUGGGAAAUGUUUUAAAACAUCAACUAUGCUGAAACGUCAUCAGAGAACACACACAGGAGAGAAGCCUUACUCCUGCUCUGGCUGUGGGAAGAGUUUCUCUUACCAGAGCAGUUUAAAAACACACAAACUUUUACACGUAGGAGAGAAGCCUUACUCCUGCUCUGUGGAAGGGUGGGCGUGUAACUCUAACGUCUAGCCAAAGGCUGCGUGUUUGAAUCUCAUCAGGGAGGACUUUAGUAUUUUAGCUUUUAAGCAACUUUGCAACUACUUACUACUCUUUAGCUAUUACUUAGCAUUUUAGCUUAGCAUGUAACUACUUAGCAUGUUAGCUAACCUUUCCCCUAAACCCAUUUAACUCUACCUUAAACCCCUCACCCCUAACCUAGCUAACGUUAGCAACAACAAAUUGGAAUUCAUAACAUAUCAUACAUAUAACAAGUUCGUAACAUAUUGUAUGAAUAGCAAUGCUUAAAAUAACAUACGAAUUGUAAUUCUUAACAUAUGUUACGUCCUACAAGUCAUAUUAUACUGAACAACAAUCUAAACGCAACAAUUUCAAAGAUUUACAGUUUUUAUAAGGAAGUCAGUCAAUUGUAAUAAAUAAUGAGGCCCUAAU